AUGGCAUCGUCAAACGAACACCGCCAAGGUCUGCCCAUACCACAGCAGGACCUAUUGCCGCAAUCGCGGGAGUUGGGAGUUGUCGCACAAGCACCGGCACAAAAGACAUCACCAUUUGCCAAGUCAUGGCCACAUCUGGUAGCAGGAGGAAUCGGAGGCAUGACGGCAGCCGUGCUCACGGCGCCCCUCGACGUGCUUAAGACCCGCCUGCAGUCCGACUUCUACCAGGCCCAACUCCGAGCAGCGCGCGAGGCGACGGGCCAGGCCCGGCUGGGCGCCCUGCGGUCCGCCCACUACCACAUCGCCGAGACGAUAGAUAUCCUGCGCGAGGUGCACCGGACGGAGGGGGCGCGCGCCCUGUUCAAGGGCCUCGGGCCCAACCUGGUCGGCGUCGUGCCCGCGCGCGCCAUCAACUUCUACGUCUACGGCACCGGCAAGCGCGCCUACUCGACCUGGACCGGCCUCGACGCCACCAACCCCGUCGUCCACCUGGCCAGCGCCGUCACCGCCGGCAUCGCCACGGGCACCGCCACCAACCCCGUCUGGCUCAUCAAGACCAGGCUGCAGCUUGAUAAGAACAACGCCGAGCGCAAGGGCGACGUCAGCGCCCGCCGCUACAAGAACAGCUGGGACUGCAUGAGGCAGACGUUUCGAAAUGAGGGGCCCACGGGCUUCUUCAAGGGCCUCAGCGCGAGCUAUCUCGGCGUCUCGGAGAGCACGCUGCAGUGGCUGCUGUACGAGGAGUUCAAGUCCAAGCUGAGGCUGAGGGAGGAGAAGCUGGUGCAGAGCGGCAGGGAACGAACGUGGUGGGACGACACUGUUUCGUGGACUGGCAACUUCACCGGCGCCGGUGCCGCAAAGGGUAUCGCCUCCGUCUUGACAUAUCCCCACGAGGUCGCGCGAACUCGGCUGAGGCAGGCACCCAUGGCGGACGGAAAGCCAAAGUACACGGGCCUCGUCCACUGCUUCAAGCUGGUCUGGAAGGAAGAAGGCAUGAUCGGUCUGUACGGCGGCCUUACUCCCCACAUGCUCCGAACCAUCCCCUCGGCCGCCAUCAUGUUUGGCAUGUACGAAGGACUCCUCAAGCUCCUCAACACCAGCAGCUAG